CCCCCCAGGGUACUAUUUCCGGCCGGGCACGGGCAGCGGCAAGAGCAUGUGGCACAUCUACCUGCCGCACGGGGGAUGGUGCUUCUCGCCUGACCAGUGCCUCCGCAGGAGCAAGGCGUAUCUCGGCAGCAGCACCUUCUAUCCUCAAGACCCCACCAACGUGAACCUCUCUCCGGGUUUCUAUGGCAUGCUCAGCAGCAACAGCAGCAUCAACCCGCACUUCCACAACUGGAACCUCGUUCGUCUCAUCUACUGCGACGGUGGCGGCUACUCAGGCACGGCAGGGAGGGUGGAGGUUGGGAGCAAUGGUAACAGCACCACGAUUUACCUGGAUGGGUGGAAGAUCGUUCAAGCUGUGAUUCAAGAUCUGAAAUCCAAGCAGGGAAUCAGAUCCGCGGAUCAGAUCCUCCUCGUGGGCAGCUCAGCGGGCGGCCAAGCAGCCGUGGCGCUCUGCGAUCGCAUCGCCGGCGCUUUCCCCUGGGCGGCAACUAAAUGCGUCUCCGACUCGGGCUUCUUCAUUGAUUCCAAGGACCGAAAGGGAGGGAACACGUGGCGUGCCAACGCACAGAGCCUGGUUAAUCUGCACAAGCCCAGCUGGCCUGCUUGCAUGCAUGGUGAGAUGAGAUGA